AUGCCUUCCGUUAACGAGAAAUCGAACUUGUCGAAUGGUGCUGGACAUGGUCUUAGCGCGGGAAAAUUGAGCCACGUCCCAGAUGCAAGUGCUGGUGGUGUGGACCGAUUCUCUCAGUCAUCUCUGGCAGACGAGCCAUAUUUUGCACGAGCACGUAUGCAAGAUCGGUCAGAUCACGCCUCUCGACUGAGCAGCCAGCUGCACGCGACGGAUGAGAUUUUGAAAAAAUGA